AUGCAAAUCAAACAAGUUUUUGCUGCUACCGCAUUUAUCGCUUCUACUGCCUUUGCCGUUGAUGAUGAGUCCUGGACAAGUUUGAAGCCAACUGCUACCUAUCCUGGUGCUGUUACGGAGCAUACUAUACCAUUUGGUAUUGCUGUGAUCCCUCUCUCUACUCCUACGCAGGUCGUCAAGAGAGAGCUUGCUACUGUUACUCAAGCUCCCCGUGGUGAAAUCCGUGUGCCAGAACAGAAGGCGAGGUCGAUUACUAUAGCUCCCCGUGGUGAAGCUCGUGUGCCUGAACAGAAGGCGAGGUCGAUUACCUUCACAAAGCCCGUUUAUGCUAGAGCCUUGCUCGAUGGUGAAAUCAUAGCCGUCCAACGUGCAGCUGAAGUUAUCCAAAUCGAAGAUGGUCAAAUUCAAGCGGUGACCACAUCCGGGCCUGGUAGACCUGUUAAACUUGACCAAGUUGACGCAGAAUCUACAUUUGAUCCUCGUCCUACACUCCAUCCUGUGACUCAGAUCCCUGAUGGUCAAAUUCAAGCGCCAUACGUUCGUGACCCACGUCCUACUCUUGACCCUGUGGACCAGAUCCGUGAUGGUCAACUUGAAGCCAGCAGCACUCCUGGUGAAUCACUUCACCCCGUAACCCAGAUUCCUGAUGGCCAAAUUCAAGCCACAUAUAUCCCUGCUCCAACUCCUAUCGUUCUACCUGGUCGUUACCAAAACACCACUCAAGAUACUCGUCCAACACUUGACCCUGUGACACAGAUUCCUGAUGGUCAAAUUCAAGCUACCAAGAACACUACCACUUUGGCCCCAACUGCAACCGAAACUUCAACAGCUCCAGUUCCAACUAUCAGCGACCCAGUCACCGGUUCCUUGUGUAAGGUUGAAGGUACAUUAGAAAUGACAUUGAAGGACUCCAUCUUACGUGACUCCCACGGUAGAAUCGGUUCUAUCGUUUCUAACAGACAAUUCCAAUUCGACGGUCCACCACCACAAUACGGUGCUAUCUACGCUAACGGUUGGUCCAUAACUCCAGAAGGUAACUUGGCUUUGGGUGACAGCGACAUCUUCUACCAAUGUUUGUCCGGCACCUUCUACAACUUGUAUGACCAAUACAUUGCUCCUCAAUGUUCUCCAAUCCAGUUAAAAGCUAUUAACUUGGAAACCUGUUAA